UCUCUCUCUCUCUAUGUGUAUCUUCUGCUAUCGGUUAUUGACCUAUAGAUGUAUCUAGUGUUUUUGGUUUUUCAUGUGAUCGUUGUUGUUCGUGGACUCCGCGACGUAGAUCCAAGGAGUCUGAGAAACCCUAAACCGAGCUUAAUAGGUUUUGGUUCUUCGAUCUAUAACAUAUUGUAUAUACUCUUGUUUUGGUUAUUCGAUCUAUACGUGUGGAAGCAAUCUGCAUAUGGUGUUUUUUAAAAGGGGGAUUUGAUGAAUUUUUAGAAGCCCCUAAAACCCCCAAAAAAAAAAAUUUUGGGUUUCUUUGAGGAAUUAAACUUGGAUUUUUUUGGCUAAUGUUUUAAUUGUGAGACCUGUAAUGUUGUUUUGGUUUUGAUGUUCUAUUUUGAGAGCCGUAAAAUUACACGAGCAUGCCAAACUUUAAACUAAUUGACUUUAAAUUUAUGGGCAUUCGAAACGUAGAAUGAAUGACAUGGCUGCCUGGUUUUUGAUAAAACUACAUAGGUACGUAUAAAUCCCUAAACUUAGUGGAAAACCUAAUGCAAUAGAAAUGGAAGAGAGAUUGGUACAUCUAAGAGCGUCCUCAUAAAUUUGCUAUAGCCAAAUGGUGAGACCACAAUAUCAAAAACUUAUGACCGCAACAAUAUGAAUGAAGUGAACUAUUUCAAUAUGCAUCAUUUAUAUUUUUACUGUUAAAUCUGAAUUUAUCAUUUGAAAUCUCCAAUUGGUCAGUCAUGAAGUUAUUCUGUCAUACAAGAUUAGAGGCUAAGCUGGUAUGGAGAAAUUACAUUCUCCCCGAUGGUGACAUAGUAUUUUAUUGGAUAAGUAGCAAACAUAUUCUAGUAGUGUUAUAGUAUGUUAUGAGAAUGAAAACAAAAGACUUGAACCAUCGCAAACAAAAAGAAUCUUCAGAAAACACAUGUAUCAAACAUCUUACAACAUCAUAAAACUUUAGAUCUGACAGAGUACACCCAAAAUACACCAUUAACCAUGACUCAAGCCAAAGAACACACUAACACUAAGCCUUGGGAGCACUAGAUUCAAUGUUCUAAAGUAGAUUUUCUCAACCCAGAUGCUAAGUUCAAUCAAUUUCCCCACAAGUAAUAGAAAAACCAAAACAAUUGGAUCUGGUGACAAGUUGAAAAAGGAUAAGAAAGUAUAGGCAAUGUAGCAUCAAAGUACCCAUUUAGGAACUUCAAACUAGCUACUUGAGUUCCAAUCUGCAUCUUUUUUCAUACAAUGCUAACUACCAGGUUAGAAUUAGCUCUUUAAAAAUUUCCAUUUGAAAAUUAGGAGUUUUCUUAGCGAAACUACGUCCAAUGUAAAAUGGUUUGAGGAUUCUCUGAGUAAAUAAAGUGACUUCACAGGUAUACAAUCUACUCUACUUUCUUGUGAUUAUACGUUAUAUAUAUAAUCAUAUAUAUGAAUGUAUAUUCCUAUACAGCAUGGUGUGGUACUGCACGUGCUUCCAUAAUGUAUUUGAUGCUACAUUGUUUGGAAUCAUAUAUUUGAUGCUACAAAGACAACAUCCCAAUGUGUGUUUAAAAAACCAUGAAUACAAAGACAACACAUUUACAUGUCCCAAGCGUUUCCUUUUUUAAAUACUAGACCAACUGAAAUUAACUAGUGAAACAGAGAAGGCAGUUCACCCUCAAUAGGCUACAACUCACUUUUAAACAAUAAUUGCAUAUUUUGUCAAGAGUCAUUGCAAUCAAAAUGAUUUAUAUAUAUUCUAUUGUUGCAAUCAAUAACUGGUUAUCACUUAUAAUUUCCUAUUAUUUUUCAAGUGUUUAUUGGAACCCUGUGUAUUAUAGAGAUUUGUUAUCUAUUUUUACUUAUUGAGACAAUUAUAUUCGGGAUUGAUUGAGGUGGAGGGCAGCACCAUUGGGUUGUGCAGUUUGAUCCAUUGAUAAUUGCAAAAUCUUUUCAUAUUGUGCAUCAUAAGAUAUGCCCCACAAUAAAUUCAUUUGGCCUAGGUCUAUUAUGUACAAAGGCACUGAAUAAAUAUGAUUAAAUCUGUUAUUACCUUUGAUCCUUUUUUGCAAAUAUUGACCUCCACACAUAUGCAGAAAAGCUCAUGUAUGAUCUUCCUCUUGCAAUAGAAGUAGUGGGGCAGGACCAACUGGAAGAUUAAUGCUAGUUUUCAUUAAAUGGUUAACUUGGUUUAACUUCAUGCAUUCUCUUCUUUCCAAUAAUACUCCACUAAUCUGCACAAACACUCCAACACUCCAUCUCUCUUCUCUAAAAAAAUGAUUCUAAACCCCAACAGACCAUAGUGAAUGAAAACACUUUUUUUUAGCAACAGUAUACCCCCACCUUGAUUGGGAACAUGUUUGAAGGAGAAAAGGUCUCAUCUUCAGCUUCUUUAUCUGAUCUUGUUAUUCAUACUUUGAGAAACAACCCAAUGUGCACUUGUGGGUCCCCUGCUUCACUUGGAACAUCAAAUAUGCCAAGGAACCCAGGUCGAGCAUUCUUUGGGUAUUCAAAGUACAAUAAGAAGGGGUUACCACACUGCGACUAUUUCAAAUGGGCAGAUAGUGAUCAGGCAAGCGAAAAUGAACUGAUGAAAAUAUUUGGUGAGAUGUGUCAGAAGGAAGAAGAGCUUCGGAAAACACAGGCAGAGCUUCGAAAAUUUGAGGAAGAGUUUCGAAAAAGAGAGGAAGAGGUCCGGAAAAGAGAGGAAGAGGUUCGAACUUGGAUGGAAGAGGUAUGAAAAAUACAUCGCGAAAUUGUCAAGCGGGUCUCAGGAGUCCGGUGUGAACGUCCACAUCUGCGUAUCUAUUGGGCGAUCCCUAUAUUACUUUAUUUAUACUUGACUCGAUCACAAUGACUUAUUGGCCGUCAUGUGAUUGUAUAAAUCUGCCCACUAGUGAAUCUGGAAUUUAGAAGUACUAUAAAUUCGUAGUGUAUUUUGGAACAUGUGGGACAACACUUUUGAUUAUAAGUAAUUGAUUGUAUAUAUUGACAAGUAUUCAGUUAGUCUUUGAAAUUGCAUUCGGCCAGUUUUUAUGUUUA